AUGAUGCCCUCUUCGCCGGGCCAUGUUGCUUCCCUGCCAUACACAAACGGUCAUUUGUCGCCUCUUGCUGCCCAUGUGAUGGCUGCCGAUAGCUCCUCCCACUCCAGUGACAGCGAUACGUCCGACGCGAGAGAGCACGCCGCAGCCGCCCACGUCUCCGAUGUCGACGCGCCGGGAGAAGAAUACGACGAGGACGACGAGGUAGCUGCUGCUUCAGACUCUUCUGAGGACGUGGAUGCCGAGGGCGAGCCGGAUGGCGAUUACGACUCUGACUCACCGCCGUCUGAGCAGGCAGAGAGCGACCGCGCUCGGAGCUCGUCCCAAGAGUCGGCAAGGCCGACGAAGCGCAAGGCAAGCGUUGAAAAAGAAGAUUACAUUGAGCAGAACCCAGAGCUAUAUGGCCUGCGUCGCAGCGGUCGCGCCCGUCCUAGUCGUCGCGUUGUUGAUAGCAGUGAUGAAGAAGAAGACGAUGAUGAUUACGAUUCAGACCAGCCACGCAAGCGGCAGAGGACAGCCUCGCGCAAGACCUCGAACCAACCAACACCAGUCUAUCGCUCCACUGGCUCCGAUUCAGAGUCAGAUGGCUAUGUUGGAGCCCGUCGCAAUAUACCGACCAAGAAGCAACGCCAACGUCAGCAUGCCGUUGCUGCAGGUCGUGAGCCUCCCUCGCAAGCCGAGGUCCGAUUUUCUGCACGUCGCACAGCCCAGGUGGCGAAUUACAACGAAGAGGACGAUGAAGAUGAAUUCGCGGAAGAGGAAGACGAGAUGACCUCGGCCUACUGGGCGAACGCUGUUGAAGACAGUGGCCCCGUCAUCGACAAGAUCCUCGAUCAUCGGCCAAAAGAUGGAUUAGAGAUUGAUCCAUCCUUUGACAAGCACGAUUUUGAAUAUUUGAUCAAAUGGCAAGACAAGGCGCACUACCAUUCAACAUGGGAAGACUACAAGACAGCAUCUGCCUAUAAAGGCAUCCGCAAACUGGACAACUACUACAAGGGCCCAGUCCAGAACGACAUGUAUUAUCACAGCCGCAAGAACGAAGACCCAGAAGAGUUUGAACAGCACAUGGUUGCGCGUGAAGCUGAGCGUGAGAGUCAGCUUGAUUUUCAUAUCGUCGAGCGUGUCAUUGACACGCGGGAUGGUGAGGAUGAGACAGAGUACUUUGUCAAGUGGAAAGGACUGACGUAUGAGUUCUGCACAUGGGAACCGGCAUCGCUCGUCAGCCGUCUGUCACAGACUGAAAUCGACCGCUAUCUCGACCGCUCAGCAAAUCGGCCUACCUCCGAUCUUCGCGAGUCAAAUCCCAAUACACGCAGGAAGUUUGUCAAGAUGGAUACACAGCCCGACUACAUCAAAUUUGGGCAACUGAGGUCCUUCCAACUUCAAGGUGUUAACUUCCUUGCGCAUAACUGGUGUCGAGGCACCAAUGUCAUCCUAGCCGAUGAGAUGGGUCUGGGGAAAACGGUACAGACCGUUUCAUUCAUCAACUGGCUAAGGCACGACCGUAGACAAGAUGGACCAAUGAUCUGCGUUGUGCCACUGUCUACUAUGCCUGCAUGGGCAGACACGUUCAACAACUGGACCCCCGAUGUCAACUAUGUCAUCUACACUGGUAGAGAGGAGGCCCGCAAUAUCAUCAAGGAGAAGGAGCUUCUCGUAGACAACAACCCAAAGAAGGUCAAGUUCAAUGUCCUCUUGACCACGUACGAAUACGUCCUUGCCGACUGGCAGUUCUUGCAGAGCAUCAAGUGGCAAUUCCUUGCUGUUGACGAGGCUCACCGAUUGAAGAAUCGUGAGUCACAGCUUUAUGAACGGUUAACGGCAUUCAAUGCACCUUGUCGAUUGCUCAUCACUGGUACCCCUAUCCAAAACACGCUAGGCGAACUAGCUGCGUUGAUGGAUUUCUUGAUGCCGGGAAAGAUCUCUGUCGACGAGCAUGUUGAUCUGUCUUCGGAAGACGCCAGCCAGAAGCUUGCCGAACUCAGCUCUGCCAUUCAACCUUAUAUGAUUCGUCGUACCAAGGAGAAGGUAGAGAAUGAUUUGCCUCCCAAGUCUGAGAAGAUUCUCCGCGUUGAAUUAUCCGACAUUCAGCUUGAAUACUACAAGAACAUCCUUACCCGAAACUACGAGGCUCUAAACGAGGGAGGUGUUGGCCACAAGCAGUCUCUGUUGAACAUCGUCAUGGAGCUGAAGAAGGCUAGCAAUCACGCUCUGCUCUUCCCUAACGCUGAGAGCAAGCUUGUGAAGAGCGGUUGUUCAAAGGAGGAAACGCUAAAAGCGCUCAUUACCUCUAGUGGUAAGAUGAUGUUGCUCGAUCGACUACUCGGCAAGCUGAAAGCCGACGGUCAUCGCGUGCUCAUCUUCAGUCAGAUGGUCCACAUGCUGGAUAUCCUGACUGACUACCUCAAGUUGCGCAACUACGCGUUCCAGCGCCUGGAUGGAACAGUCCCAGCGGCAGAGCGAAAGAUUGCUAUUGAUCAUUUCAAUGCUCCCGGCAGCGAGGACUAUUGCUUCUUGUUGUCUACUAGGGCUGGUGGUCUCGGUAUCAACUUGAUGACCGCUGACACUGUCGUCAUUUUUGAUUCCGACUGGAAUCCUCAGGCUGACUUGCAAGCCAUGGCUCGUGCUCAUCGUAUCGGCCAACAGAAGCCUGUGAGCGUCUAUCGUCUCGUCUCAAAGGACACCAUUGAAGAGGAGAUUCUGGAGCGCGCUCGAAACAAGCGCAUGCUCGAAUUCAUCACAAUUCAGCGUGGUGUGACUGAUCGUCAGCAAAAGGAGCUGAACGACAAGAUGAGUCGUGCUGCUGCCGAGCCAAACUCUGCUGAUGAUAUCAACAACAUUCUCAAGCGCCGCGGACAAAAGAUGUUUGAGCAGUCCGGCAACCAGAAGAAGCUUGAGGAGCUUGACAUUGACUCCGUUUUGGAGAAUGCCGAAGAACACAAGACAGAGCAGGCUGCGGGUCUCACAUCUGACGGUGGUGAAGAGUUCUUGAAGAACUUUGAAUACACCGAUGUCAAGAUCGAUCUCGAAUGGGACGAUAUCAUUCCCAAGGAAGAACUUGAAGCUGUCAAAGCAGACAUUCAGCAGCGUAAAGACGAGGAGGAAACGCAAAAGCUGCUCGAAGAAAAUGCACCUCGGAAGCGCAAGGCCGCCUCAGCUAGCGCACGAGAACAACGAGCUGCGAAGAAACGCGCGCUCGAGGCGUCUCAGAUCGACGUCGAUGACGACGACCAAUCCGACGCAGACGACAACAUCAAGCGUGAUCCGAAGCGGCCGCUCAAUACCAAGGAGGCACGCAAUCUCAUCACAGCGUACUGUCGUUAUGGCUCGCUUGAGGAGCGUGGCGAUGAGAUUCUGCGCGCAGCUAGACUGGUCGGUCGCGACAUGGGCGUCGUCAAAGCCACUCUGGAUGAGAUUAUCGAGAAGAGUACACAGCUUGUCAAGGAGGAGCAGACUAGACUCAAGAACCUAGAGAUUGAGGCUAAGCGUGCCCUUACCAAGAAGGACAAAAAGGCCGUACUCUUCGAUUAUGGUGAUGUGAAGAAGGUCAACGCAGAGACUAUUCUUGAGCGGCCCGUAGAGAUGCGUGUUCUCAAAGAAGCGGUCGAAGCAACUCCAGACUGGCGCAACUUCCGUGUACCAGACGCCAUCAAGCCAGCAAGCUAUUCUUGCUCGUGGGGUGCGCGUGAGGACGGUAUGCUCUGUAUUGGUAUUCAGCGCCAUGGUUACGGAGCAUGGAUUCCGAUCCGCGAUGAUCCAGAACUGGGAUUGACGGACAAGUUCUAUCUAGAGGAGCACCGUGUCGACAAGAAGGAGGAGCGGACCAAGGGCGAAGACAAGAAUGCCAAGUCUCCUGGAGCUGUACACUUGGUCCGUCGUGCGAACUACCUCCUUACAGUUCUCAAAGACAAGAGCACUUCGGAUCCAAACAUCAAGCGGUUGAUGGAGAACCAUCAUCGUAACAACAAGAAGCAUCAUCUUGGCAUGGCACGUCGCGCAGAGAAGGCAUCGAGCGGUGCUGCUAGUCCUGGACCCGGUAGUGCGAUGCGGCGCAUGCAGUCACGUGAUUCGGAACGUCCCUCGCACCGUGCACACAGCAGCAGCGACAUCCGACGUCCCGAUAGCCGAACAGAUGGACGCCAUCAUGACAGGAACCGCGACGAUCGCCCUAGGCAUAGCGACCAGUAUCGGCCUUCUGAUGGCCAUCGCAAGGAGCACCGCAACGACCGAGGAAGUAUUGACCGUCGGCAGCAACAUGCCGACCGGAACGGGACGCCAGAGAACCGGCGAAAGAUUAGUGGCGACGUGGAUAGACAGCGUCCCCGUCUAUCCGAGGACCGGCCACGUUCGCACAGCCAGAGCCAAGUGCCUGACCGCAGCGUUGAGACACCCAAGGUCAAGGAGAAGAAGCCAGAGGAGUUUGUUGAGCGGCGGCUUCGGCCUGUGCGCGACAAUCUCAGCCGGCUCAAGAAGGCGACACCGAAGAACUAUCCACAGAAGGAUGCCAUGGUCAAGGUACUGAAGAUUGAGCUGAUUGCGAUUGGCAACUUUAUUCGGGCAGAAACUCGGGACAAUGCUGAGCUCGAGGAGCGACUAUGGAGUUACACGAUCAACAACCACUGGCCUCGGCCCGGAGUGACUGUUCCGGCGAUUAAGGGCAUGUACCUCAAGAUGCUGAAUUCGGAGAAGCCAGCGGCAAGUUCAACGGCGACCAACGGACAAAAGAAUGGGGCUUGA